AUGACCGAAGUGAAGGCAGAGGUGUUCGGGCACCUGCCCCCGGAGGAAGGAGGGGGAGCGGUGGAGAAGUUCGUGCUGAGGUCGGGGAGCGUGAAGGUGGAGAUCCUGUCCUUAGGGUGCAUUAUCGCCGCGCUGGAGACCAAGGACAGGGAUGGGGAGUUCUCGGAUGUUGUCCUGGGCUUUGACACUUUGGAAGGUUACGUGAGGAAGCACCCUUUCUUUGGUGCUGUCGUGGGGCGCGUCGCCAACAGGAUUGCCAAGGGGAGGUUCUCUGUCGAUGGGAAGGAGUAUCAGCUGUUCCUCAACAGUGGGCCAAACAGCCUGCAUGGAGGAUCCAAGGGAUUUGACAAGGUUCUGUGGAGCCCCCAGGUUCUCCCAAACGGUGUCUGUUUCUUCCGGCUCAGCCCUGACGGUGAGGAAGGCUACCCUGGUGACCUGAAAGUCUGGGUGACCUACACUCUCAAUGGUGGGGAGCUGGCCAUCAACUAUCGAGCCCAGACCAGCAAGACGACACCCAUCAGCCUGACCAAUCAUGCAUACUUCAACCUUGCAGGGCAGGGCUCACGAGAUAUCUACGACCAUGAGAUUUGUAUUGAAGCAGAUUCCUACCUGCCUGUGGACGACACCAAGAUCCCUACUGGGGAGGUGGCCCCUGUGCAUGGUACUGGCUUCGAUCUCCGGCAGCCCAUGGAGCUGGGGAAGCACUUGCAGAAGUUUUGCCUGGAUGGCUUCGACCACAACUUCUGCCUGCAACAGGCACAAGUUCGACGCCUUGUGGCCAGGGCUCGCCACCCACCUACUGGCAGGGUCAUGGAGGUUCACACCACUCAGCCUGGCAUCCAGUUUUACACCGGGAACAACCUGGACGCUUCCCUGAAAGGCAAAGGUGCUGCUGUGUACCCCAAGCACUCGGCUUUCUGCUUGGAAACCCAGAACUGGCCUGAUGCUGUCAACAAGCCCCACUUCCCCAACGUCCUGCUCCGGCCAGGUGAGGAAUACAACCACACCACGUGGCUCGUGUUUAGCGCCGCUUAA